UUUAGAAAGUUUCCACAAGUGGAGCCGCUGGCGUCGAGUGGAAGCAACAUGAUGUGGCCUCUCGUCUUUCUGCUCUGCUUCAUUCAAGGUUUUGGUGUUCAAGGGGCCAGAUGGGAGAUUAUAAUUCAUACAUCUGACAAAGAAGGCGCGGGUACAGACUCCGAUAACUAUAUUACUCUCCAUGGAUCUCGCGGAUCUUCCGCAGAAAUAAGUUUGGGCAAUGCUGACAACAACUACUUUGAGAGAAAUCAGAUAGACAGAUUCUUUGUUACAACUCACGACAUUGGUGAUGUGUGCUCACUGACCAUUAGGUCUGCCGAUUUUGGUUCAGGGAAGAAUAAUGCAGAGGUUUUGGUGCGACUGCUUGUUAUCAGGGAAAACUGGAUAUCAGAAGGAAAUCUAUCCCGAUGUCCCAUGCUCCAGACUGCAGUAAAAAGUAAACCGACGUGGGUGUCGGCACUUUGAAUCCGGCACUGACCAUCCAGCAUACAGAGUUUAUUCACCUGAUGGAACACCUUGCUCAUCCGCUAACUGGUAGACAUUUAAAGAUAUAAAAAUGAACAUUCUUGAAAAUGGAAACAAAAAUGUGUUCUAUAGAAAGACAGUAUAUUCAAUGAUCUACAAUUUUAAUACUGCUUGAAAGUUAUUUUGAAAAAAAAACCAUUUUCUAAGUAUUAUCGAUUACAGUCAGAAUUCUCAUUUAAACUACUUGAAAAAAUAGAUAGUUAUUUUACACUUGUUUAUUCUGUCACAAGAUGUAAUGAAAAGGUAGGAAGUAUACUUGUAACAUGUACACUAGUCAACCCUAAAGAGUAGUCAACUGUAAACGCUUCUGCAAAAGUAUACCUUAUAACCCAAGGUCUUUUACCCAACAAGCAAUUUUCAAGCCAACAAUUCUACAAAAAGAAAAAAAGAAAAAGAGUGGAAAAUAAUGUCCAAUUUCUCGAAAGAAUACGUGGUCUAAGAUUUUUAACUUUCUCGUUGUAAAUGGCAUCAAAAAUGCAAGGUGAAAAUAAAAUAGUUGAAUCACAA